AUGUCUUCAUGCUGCGGGCCUAAGGCUGUUCCCUAUUACGGCAAGACGGUGCAGAAGCAGGCGGAUCUGCAGACGUCAGCGUGCCUGGUGAAAGGCGGCCUGGGCGAGGACAUUCGCCGCCUGCUCAGCAACGUCCACGAUGAGAUCUUGACGAAAUUCUACGGCUGUGGCUCGCCCAUCCCUCCCCUGCUCAAGGGCUGCACGGUGCUGGAUCUGGGGUGCGGAACAGGGAGGGAUGUCUACGUGGCAGCGCAGCUGGUGGGGCCCACAGGCCAGGUCAUCGGUGUCGACAUGACAGACGAGCAGCUGGCAGUGGCACGGAAGCACGAGGAGUAUCAUCGGGAGAAGUUCGGAUUUGCCCAGUCCAAUGUGUCGUUCAGGAAAGGGUUUAUAGAGGAUCUCAAGGCCGCUAAUGUCGAGGACAGCUCAGUGGACGUGGUUGUUUCAAACUGCACCAUCAACCUCACGCCUGUAAAGCUGCCUGUCUUUGCCGAGAUCGCCCGCGUGCUCAAACCGGGCGGCGAGCUCUACUUCUCGGACGUGUUUGCCGACCGGAGAAUCCCCAAGCACCUGCGACAGGACAAGGUUCUCUUUGGGGAGGGCUUCAGUGGCGCCCAUUUCUUGGAGGAUUUCCGGCGUGUCAUGGCCUCUGUGGGUCUGGGUGCGUGGGGAGUGGUGGAGGCUCGACAACUCCACGUAGACAACCCCAAGAUUGCCGCCCAGAUCGGCCCGAUCAAAUAUUACAGCUUCACUGUGCGGGCGGUGAAGCUGCCCGAAGGGGAAGGCGAGGACCUGCCCGAGAAUUACGGGCAGACGGCGACUUAUUCCGGGUCUAUUCCAGAGAAAGCGGGGGAAUUCACCCUGGAUGAUGUGAGGGUUUUCAAGGCAGGUGUGCCCACGCCUGUGGAUGCUACAACUGCUGCCAUGCUGACAGAGUCUCGCUACAGCAGUGUCUUUACUGUCACUGAGAAGGCUGCUCACCAGGGGGUCUUUACUGGGUGGCCAAGAUUUCCGGCUUCGGUUGCUGGUGCCUGGUGGUCUGCUACUGUAGAGAAGGCGAAACCUCGUUGCUGUUAG